AUGGGCUGGAGCACUCUUUUACCACUCCGCUGUCCCAACAUAUUUCUUAAGGAUGGUCUGAAGUUCCUUUACAGGCUAGUGGAACUGGCGGUACCGUUCACGGCUUGGGGGCAGCAUAACAGUUCAGCGUACAGGCCCUUCACCCUGAAGUGCAUGACUGGUGGGGGGCCUCAUCCUUGUGUGACCGCCGUUCCCAACAUGCCUCACAGCUACUCCACUACGUCAGGGGCCACCGUUAAGCACCAGCUCAUUCUGUCCCUCUUAGCGACUCCUUCGUACGUGGGCUCGGCAUCUUGGCGUGACCCGCUGGCAGUCAACAAAGGCUCUGGACCAGACACUCCCUUCCGUUGUGGCAUGGUGGUCUGGAAUGUCCAGGAGACCCGGGUGGCUGCCCAGUGUGAGAGUGGACCAGCUGACCUGAUUAUGUUCAAGCCCUAUAUCCCCUUAUUUGGGCCCUAG